UGCGCGGACGAACGUUAGAUAUUCCGACGCUUGCCAGCAGGUGGCGGUGUUUGCUUAAAGGCCAUUAAAAUGCACGCCCAUUAACAACAGGAAGGCGCCGCGUCACUUCCGUCGAGUGGCACCGCGACGGAGCGCAAGUUUGACUCGUUUUCAAUCAAUCCCUAGAUGCCUUCCGGAGCCCCAAAGGGAGAGAAUUGCCUCGUGGACAUGGAUAGCAAAGCAGGAGAUUUGUUCACUGCUGAUGAAGCUCAUAAUACGGGUACUGGUGGCACAGGAAUCAUGGCAAAGCUCUGGCUUCCCAAAGGCUUCUCAGCCAACAUGAUGAAAGAGUGGUUUGAUCGGCGUCGAAAGUCCAUCCGACCAUGGGCUAACUUUGUGGACCAGCGCAAGUUCUCCAAACCCCGUAACUUUGGGGAGCUGUGCCAGAGGGUGGUGAGGAACGUGGAAACCUUCAACAGCAACUAUACAUUUAUCUUCCUGGGUCUUAUCCUCUACUGCAUUAUCAGCUCGCCCAUGCUGCUGAUUGCCUUGGCUGUGUUUGUUGGGGCCUUCUACAUUAUCCACCUCAAGUCCCUUGAGUCCAAGCUGGUUGUCCUCGGUAAGGAGCUGACUCUCCCUCAUCAGAUGAGCUUGGCUGGAGCUGUUUCUCUGCCUGUGUUCUGGUUGGCUGGUGCUGGAGCUGCAGUCUUUUGGGUUCUGGGGGCGACGCUGUUUGUAAUUGGCUCUCAUGCCGCGUUCCACGAGCUCGAGGGAUCGGACAUUGACGAGCUCCUUAUGGAGCCCGUGUAAAAGCUGGAAGUCUCACCUCGGUGGAACACGACCAUGUUGCGGUAGGAGCUGGCCUACAAACGGUCUUAAGCUUGACCCUAUUAUGGUAUUGCUACAGAUGGGUGGUGGAAAAAACUGGUUGUAGAUCUGUUCCUAAGCGAAAUGUGCACGGUGUUCCUACCUUUUUGAAUUUUUCCGGAUGUACCCAGAAUGCACAUUGUCUUGCCUCUGAAGAAGCCGAUGUUACAAACAAUACAGUUCACAAAGGCUCGAUAUUCGAUAUUUAAUGUCCUUCUGUAUUUAAGCACAUUAUGCUACAGACACCCUGUUCCCUUGAUGCCUUGUCAUUUGUAUCAAAUAGCCUCCGUGUUCAAUGUAAUUCUUUCCAUUCCUUUACUGAUCAGCUGCGGCGUUCAAUAUUGCCUGUUAUAUAUAUAUAUAUCUUGGAAAAUGACUUCAUGAACAUCUGACAGUAGUAAUGCAGAUUUCUCAUGUAAAGAUAAUGCCGCAAUCUUAUAUUAACCGCAACUGAAAACUGUUUAAAUACUCCUGUGACUUUUCCAAAGCAAAAGUGCCAUUUAAAGCUUUAAAAAAAUUAUAUUUCUUGUUUUGGUCAUAUAUGAGUAAAGCAGUUUUACUCAAGACAAUGCAAAUGAAUUUGCAAAGAAGCUUAUUUUGUAUUUCAGGUACUUUAGAUAGAUACGCUGGUUAGAGAAUAAGUAGUUAAAUUGUCAGUAUUUAGGAAUGGUAUUUUUAUUCUAUAUUGGGCAAAAUACGGCAUAUUGGUAACAAAGUCCAUUCAUAUUUAUUAGUUCUGCUUAUACAUUUUACAUCUCAAGGUCUUUUUAUAUGCUUCCUGACAUCUUUUACAAAAAUGUUCCUUUUUACAUUACAGUGUAAUGUUUUUUUUGUUUUUUUUUGUAUUUUUCAAUAAACUGCAAUGAAU